ACCACUCAUUAUCAUCGACACCACAAACAUCGACAUCGACCACAUUUACGUCUCCUACGUUUACCAGAUAUCAGAUACAACGUAGAACAUGGCUGACCAAUUGUCCGAAGAGCAGAUCUCUGAGUUCAAGGAGGCUUUCUCCCUUUUCGACAAAGAUGGUGACGGCACAAUCACGACUAAGGAGCUGGGCACAGUCAUGCGCUCAUUGGGACAGAACCCUACAGAGGCAGAGCUACAAGACAUGAUCAACGAAGUCGAUGCCGACGGCAAUGGAACAAUCGACUUCCCCGAGUUCUUGACUAUGAUGGCCCGCAAGAUGCGCGAUACCGACAGCGAGGAGGAAAUCAAGGAAGCAUUCAAGGUAUUCGACAAGGAUGGGAACGGCUACAUCAGUGCUGCAGAGUUGCGACACGUCAUGACGAAUCUCGGUGAAAAACUGACAGACAGCGAGGUGGACGAGAUGAUCCGUGAAGCGGAUGUCGACGGAGAUGGUCAAAUCAACUACGAUGAAUUCGUGAAGAUGAUGUUGUCGAAGUGAACACAGACUGUACCCCCCCACGCACCGUUGUGUUUUGUAUCUCCUGUCUCCUUACUCACUCUAUCUCCUACCCUUGUUUGUUACCGGCGUUACGAUUACGAUUACUUAGCAGAAGAAAUGAACGUAAAUGUUGUUACCAUAGGUACUGGUACUACCCUCAGCAGAGAAUGGUAUGCUGUGUAUUGCUCGAUGGCCUUCGCAGUGAUGGGGGUGUCGCUGAUACAGGCAGCGCCUAGCAAUCAGGUUUGAGAACAAAUGCGUUCAUAUUGGAUACGUAGCGCUAGUGAAUAGAUGACAGAUCGUGAAAGUGUGUAGGCUAUAGCUGUGUAAAUAAUAGUAUGGUGAGAGUUCCAAGUCAAUGGUGUCUACCUACGUAGACCGUUCAGAUAAGGCAACAAUAGCACGGAGAAAAAAGAAAAAGCGAGAGACGGGACAUCGGUAGGUAUUGUUGUGACUGGGUAUCAAAAGUAGUACGGAGACGAGCGCAAAAAAAAGCGAGAAAAAUAGAUAUUGUAUGCAAAUCGAACAAAGGAGCUACUUGUAUAAGGACAUCAGGAGAAAAGACAGUCUGUUAUGACACAACAUAUUUCACCUUGGUAAAAGAGGCUUCAGAAGAAAGAUGACAAGGCUCGAGGGAAGGGCUCAAACGCCUUCUCAAUUACUCCUCUUCUCCUUCGUCUUCUUCUUGAAUGGGAUGGCGGAAUGCAGGACCUGAGCGCCCAGUGGGCAGCUGCCUUCGUCCCGUCCUGGGCUCUGCAGAAUCGUGGGUGUUUUCCGCUGGCACAGGUGACGAGCGGCCAACUGGCGAAUGUCCACUUUUUUGUCUUCCUCCGUUGCCCGUAAUAUUACUGGGUGCCAAGUUAGCUGCGCCUUUAUUGCCCCCCCUCUUGCUUGAUCGCCUUGGUGGAGGAGACAGCGGCAAAGGCGGCUCUGGUAUCACAUAUGAAGCAGAAGCACUUGUGGACGUAGACAAAGUAGGCAUCUGGCCUAGACCACCCGCAAACUCAGGCAGGUCAUCUUCUUCAUCGAUCCAGUCACUUUCAUCACCCAAGUUCAGGCUCUGCCUCCCUGAAAAUACAUCACGAAUAUUGGUGGGGCCAUCUACGGCUGGAGAGAUCGAAAGAACCUCGACUGGAAGAUGUGUCGAACGAGACUGCCAACCUGGCGGCUCGUGUCCCCAGGAUUUUUUCCAGCUGGAUCGUCCAAUGGAAUAGCCGUGGCCGGAAGGGCUCAUGAAGGGAGUGGAUCUCUUCUGCGCGACGAACGUUGUGUUUCCAUUAUAAUUUACGCGACGAGGAGUUUCCUCGAGUGACCGUCUCGAAUGAUAAGGCUUGAAUGGCGACCCCGUCCGGCCUUCACUUUCCGAAGCUUCAUAAAACGACGUCGGGC